AUGACUUCCUACAUCUCGAAUUUGUGGUCCAAGUCUCCACUCAGCGCGUCCUUGGGUCAGCAUGCGGUCCUCCUGCCAUUGGACAAUGAUGAUCCGGGGGUUGGAGCGUCCAAGGAUUCGACUUACACGCCUCAAUCACAAACAUGCGAGCUUCGAAUAGAGAGUAUGACUUGUGGGUCGUGCGUCGAGGCUAUCGAAGGCAUGCUUAGAGAUCAAGAGGGUAUUCAUUCAGUAAAGGUUGCCCUCCUUGCGGAACGUGGCGUCAUUCAAUACGAUCCUAAAGUGUGGACGGAGGACAAACUCAUCAACGAAAUAUCUGAUAUCGGUUUCGACGCGACCCUCAUACCUCCCGUUCGUGAAGACGUUGUUCAGCUACGAAUAUAUGGCAUGACCUGUUCAUCAUGCACGAACACCGUUGAAUCUGGGCUAUCCGCCGUACCUGGCAUUAUCAGCGUUGCUGUGUCCCUCGCUACGGAAACCUGUACAAUCAACUUUGACCGUUCUAUCAUUGGCCCUCGAGAGAUGGUAGAACGAAUAGAGGAGAUGGGUUUUGACGCUAUGUUGUCAGACCAGCAAGAUGCUACUCAACUGCAAUCUCUUACCCGUAUGAAGGAGGUCUUGGAGUGGCGUUCGCGAUUCUUUUGGGGCCUAUCCUUUGCUCUUCCCGUCUUCUUCAUUGCUAUGGUCGGCACCCAUCUUCCUUUCUUCAGGACUAUCCUCGGUUACCAUCUUUUUAGAGGAAUAUAUCUAGGCGACAUUCUUUCUUUCAUUAUCACCACUCCCGCUCAAUUCUGGGUCGGAUCCAAAUUCUAUACCAGCUCCUACAAGUCUCUCCGGCAUAGAACCGCAACUAUGGAUGUCCUCAUCACCCUCGGCACUUCUGCUGCCUACUUUUACUCCGUGUUUUCCUUGGUUGCCGCAAUGUUCAACACGACACCUAAUUUCCGCCCUUUCCUUUUCUUCGAAACCAGCACAAUGUUGAUUAUGUUUGUCUCGCUUGGAAGAUACCUUGAGAACAAGGCCAAGGGUAAAUCAAGCGCAGCUCUCACAGAUCUGAUGUCACUGGCCCCAUCUAUGGCAACUAUCUACACUGAUGCACCUGCUUGCACUCAAGAGAAGAAAAUACCUACCGAGCUCGUUGAAGUUGGAGACAUUGUCAAGCUCGUACCAGGUGACAAAUGUCCAGCAGAUGGGACUGUCAUAAAAGGUACCUCUAGCAUUGACGAGAGCGCGCUUACUGGUGAAGCUGUUCCUGCCCUCAAACAAGUGGGUGAUAGCGUUAUUGGUGGGACAGUCAAUGGGUUGGGCACCUUCGACAUGGUCGUCACGCGAGCAGGAAAAGACACUGCGCUCUCCCAGAUCGUCCGUCUCGUUGAGGACGCGCAGACAUCUAAGGCGCCCAUUCAGGGUUUCGUGGACAAGGUGGCUGGCUACUUCGUACCCACCGUCGUUGCCCUCGCGGCGUUCACUUUCAUUCUCUGGAUCAUCGUUGCCUCCUUUAUGGACGAAGGCGAUCUUCCAAAGAUGUUCUCCCGUUACGGAGCGAGCAAAUUUGCUAUCUGUCUACAGAUGUGCAUCAGUGUUAUUGUCGUCGCAUGUCCAUGUGCAUUAGGACUGGCAACGCCCACUGCUAUAAUGGUUGGUACUGGGAUUGGUGCCAAGAAUGGCAUCCUCAUCAAGGGCGGCCGUGCAUUGGAAGCCAGCAAGGACAUCCGUCGUGUCGUUCUCGACAAAACUGGCACAGUGACAAUAGGGAAAUUGACCGUUGUUGGGAUGCACUGGAUGUAUGCGGGCGACGUUGGCUUGGAUGGUCUCUGUGCAGAUGGAGUAACCGAGCGCAGGGUGGUAAUGGCCAUGGUCAGUGCCACCGAAGCUAAAUCUGAACACCCUCUCGCCAAGGCCAUUGCAACGUACGGUAAAGAUCUUCUAGGUCAAUCCGGUCCGGAUGCGCAAGUGGAGGAGUUUGAGAGUGUCACAGGUCAAGGUGUGAAAGCCCGCAUUUCAUGCUCUAGAAACAAGUACUCCCUCCUCAUUGGGAGCGCCCGCUUUACGAUGCAAACGGGCGACGGCGUUUCCGCUCACCAAUACAUCCCUUCCACGCUGUCAUCUUAUGAAGCGCAAGAAACUAAGCUUGGGAGGACGAUCAUCUUUGUGUCCCUCUUGAACUCUGGUUUGGGUCACCCUACACCUCUGUUGGCCGUUUCUUUAGCGGACGAGCCAAAGCCUUCAAGUCGGCAUGCUAUUCUGGCCAUGCAGGAGAUGGGAAUUGAGGUGAACAUGAUGACUGGUGAUGGAAAGGCGACUGCAAUUGCCAUUGCUAAGCAGGUUGGGAUUAGGCCUGAGUGUGUGUGGUCCAGGAUGAGCCCCAAUGGCAAGGCAGCGAUGGUGGCCGAGUUUGUAGCGAAGAAUGAAGGUGGUGUUGCAAUGGUUGGAGACGGGAUCAAUGACUCCCCGGCCCUUGUAGCAGCCACCGUCGGUAUCGCUCUCUCGUCUGGAACUUCGGUCGCUAUCGAAGCCGCCGACAUCGUCCUCAUGCGCUCAGACCUUCUCGAUGUCGUUGCUGCACUCCACCUAUCGAAAAAAAUCUUCUCUGUGAUCAAACGAAAUCUCGUUUGGGCAUGUUUUUAUAAUGUGCUCGGCAUCCCACUUGCCAUGGGUUUCUUCCUACCAUUUGGGCUGUACAUGCAUCCCAUGCUUUCUGGAGCUGCGAUGGCUUUUUCAAGUGUUAGCGUUGUGACUAGCUCGCUGACGCUUAAUUUCUGGCGGAGGCCGGCUGAAAGCAUUAUGCUUGGCGAGGAGGCUGAUGUGAUUGAUACUGGUGCAGGGUGGACGGGGAUGUUCAUGGACCAGUCAGCUACUGUGCUGAGCAGCGUAAGAGGGGUGUUUAGUGGGAGAAGGGAGGAGGGAUACAGUCAAUUGCCGGUGGAGAUGGUUUCGAGGGUUUGAACGUUCACCAUUCUAUUUGAGAGGUCCUAUCUAUCUAUUGCCAAGCCAUGGCGCAUCUAUUCUACAGUUACGAGCCCCUUGUACACCUGUAUUCUACCUUUCGUUCUAUUUCGCAGUUCUAUAUGCCUGUUGUUAC